AUGGCUGUCCGUUGCCAGUUCGAGAACUCGACCGACAUCGGUGUCUUCUCCAAGCUCACCAACUCCUACUGCCUUACCGCUCUCGCCUCGUCGUCCAACUUUUACUCGGUCUUUGAGGCCGAGCUUGCCGACGUCGUCCCCAUCAUCCACACUACGAUUGCCGGAACCCGUAUCGUUGGCCGCCUGACCGCCGGUAACCGGCACGGUCUCCUCGUGCCCUCGACCACGACUGACCAGGAACUGCAGCACCUCCGUAACUCGCUGCCCCCCAGUGUUGCGAUCCAACGUGUUGAGGAGCGCCUUUCGGCCCUCGGUAACGUCAUUGCGUGCAAUGACUACGUCGCGCUCGUGCACCCCGACAUUGACCGGGAGACGGAGGAGAUUAUUGCAGACACGCUCAAGGUCGAGGUGUUCCGCCAGACUAUUGCCUCUAACGUGCUUGUUGGGAGCUACUGCGCGUUGUCCAACCAGGGCGGCCUUGUGCACCCCAAAACCUCGCGCUCUGAGCUCGACGAACUCUCGUCCCUCCUCCAGGUCCCCCUUGUCGCUGGUACCGUUAACCGCGGUUCCGAGGUGAUCGGCGCUGGCUUGGUCGUCAACGACUGGUGCGCGUUCACUGGCCUCGACACGACCGCCACCGAGGUGUCCGUCAUCGAGGCAACCUUCCGCCUCCAGGGCCAGACAAGCGCGGCCGUCAUCAACGAGAUGCGCGACUCGCUCAUCGACCACUACGCAUAA